CUCAAUCAAACAGGGCCUUAAACUCAGCCCUACAGCACAGGCUUCAGUUAUCCUCCGCAACAUCAUUCUAGCGACAACGAUGACCUAUCGGUGACGCCCUUCCGGCGACGACGACUUUCCGGCUAAACAUCGGAAGGGGGCGGAAACUCUUGAGGUCCUUCGUAUCGAUCGUGAGUUACUGACCUAGACGACGGCAGCCACGGUCCAUCACUGUAGUCGACUAGGAACUUCCUUGAGCUUCUGCGACACCAGCGAUAUCUGAAUCGUGUCUCCUAAAUCUUCUUCAACCAGACGGCCAGGCCAAUCAAAGCUCAGUCUUGAGAGCUUAGACUUCUCCCCUGAGUCGAAACCUCUAUACUUGUGUCUCAACCUCCCUUCGGUUCACAGCCGAUUAGAAUUCAUAUAGUUUUAUAUGCAUACUGAAAUUUCCACCCCAGCAAUGGAUGCCAAUGCCAGUGGAGGAAAUGCAAGCUUAGAACCACGAGAUGAUCAGGAAUUUGAUUCAAACGAAGCAGCUUAUGAAUUAUACAAAGAGUAUGCCAAAUCUAUUGGUUUUGGCACAGCAAAACUGAGUAGCCGUCGCUCAAGGGCAUCGAAGGAGUUCAUUGAUGCAAAAUUCUCAUGCAUCAGAUAUGGAAACAAGCAACAAUCAGACGAUGCAAUCAAUCCUCGACCUUCACCAAAGAUAGGCUGUAAGGCCAGCAUGCACGUGAAACGAAGGCCAGAUGGAAAAUGGUUCGUUUAUAGUUUUGUGAAAGAGCAUAACCACGAGCUUCUUCCCGAACAAUCACAUUUCUUCCGAAGCCACUGGAACGUCGAUCAAACUAAAAACGAUCAUAAAAUCCGAAGACGCAAGAUAACUGACGUGGUAUCCAAAAAAUAUGGCGAAUAUCAAUUCUCCAGCCCUCUGGAGAGCUACCAUAUCCGAAAUCAGCAUGACAAGGGCAGAAGUUUGACUUUAGAGGGGGGAGAUGCUCAGCUUUUGCUAGAACUCUUUGCUAAUAUGCAGGAUGAGAACCCUAAAUUCUUUUACGCUAUAGAUUUUAACGAAGAGCAUCGUCUGAGGAAUGUGUUUUGGAUUGAUGCUAAAGGCUUGGAUGAUUAUAAACACUUUGGUGAUGUUGUUUCAUUUGAGACUUCAUAUGUUGUUAACAAGUACAAAUUACCAUUAGUUCUUUUUAUCGGUGUGAACCAUCAUAUUCAGCCAAUAUUGCUAGGAUGUGCUUUGAUUGCAGAUGAGACCGUUUACACAUAUAUUUGGCUUAUGCAUACAUGGUGCAUGUCAAUGGGGGGUCGUCCUCCAAGAGUAUUGUUAACUGACUUUAGCAAUCCUUUAAAAGCAGCAAUUUCAUCCGUCUUUCCAAACACCCAUCAUUGUUAUAAUCUUUGGAAUGUGGUUGAGAGGAUUCCAAGGCUAGUAGAUUACGUUAGCUUGUGGCAUGAUAACUUCAUGGACAAGUUUGAUAAAUGUAUUUAUAAGUCUUGGACAGAAGAGCAGUUUCAAAAGAGGUGGUGGAAGCUUCUAGAAAGGUUCAAUCUUAGAGAGGAUGAUUGGAUGCAAUCCUUGUACGAGGACAGAAGAAUGUGGGCACCUACUUUCAUGAGAAACAUGUCAUUUGCUGGUUUGUCUGCAGCUUCUCGAUCUGGCAGUAUGAACGCCUUCUAUGACAAGUAUAUCAAUGGUGAGACCUCUUUGACAGGCUUUAUAGAACAAUAUAAGUCGAUUCUUCAAGAGAGAUAUGAGGAAGAAGCAAAAGCCGAUUUCGAUGCAUGGCAUGAAACUCCCGAACUGAAAUCUCCAUCGCCUUUUGAGAAACAGAUGUCUUCGGUUUAUACACAUGAAAUAUUCAAGAAAUUUCAAGUCGAGGUUUUGGGAGCUUCUGCAUGUCACCUUAAGAAGGAAAAAGAAGAUGAGACGACCAAAACGUAUUUAGUGAAGGACUUCGAAGCUGAUCAAGAUUUUCUGGUGGAAUGGGACGAAAUGAGAUUGGAUAUUUAUUGUUCUUGUCGCUCUUUCGAAUUUAGUGGUUAUAUAUGCAGGCACGCGAUUGUUGUUCUCCAGAUGUCAGGGAUUUUUAACAUCCCAUUCAAGUGUAUACUUCAGAGAUGGACAAAUGCUGCUACUAGAAGGCAUCCUAUUGGUGAUAAAUUGGAUGACUUACAAUCCAGUAGCCGUCGUUAUAAUGACCUCUGCCGAAGAGCUAUAGUUUUGGGUGAGGAAGGAUCCUUGUCUGAAGAGAGCUAUAACAUUGCUUUAGAUGCCAUAAAAGAAGCAUUGAAGCAAUGCACGGGUUUAAGUAAUGGUAAUACUAAUGAAUCAAGACCAAACAUCUCUUCUAUUCCUUCGAUUAGUGGAGCUGAAGUUAGUCAAAACAAAACUGCAACACCCAGUGAGUAUGGUAAUGUAGGGGUAGGAAAAACUGAUAAGGCUUCGAAGAGAGCCAAGAACACAAAUGACUGUAGCAAUACAAAUAAACAAAGGAAGGUAUCUUCAAAUCUAGACGUUACUAAUACUGUUGGGACACAAGUCGGCUUUCAACAAAUGGAGUUGGCAAACACAAGGCCAGCACAAUUUCAUGAGUUGAUGCCGGCUCACUUGCAAAAUGUAAUGAUACCACCUAUGUUUCAUAACAUGGUACCAACUCAGUUUCACUCGAUGGCUUCAAGUACUACUACUACUACUUCUGCUACACAGUUUCUCUGGGAAACCUCAAUUUUGCGCGGCGAUAUGCAGCAACAAGGUAAAAGAGGAGGGUUGUAAAGUAUACAUUUUUGUUUAUAUAUAUUGAAAAAGAAAACAGUGAUGGUAAAUUGGUUAUAUUAUUGUUGAUAGACAAGAAAUCUCAAUUUAGAGAUAUGCUUCUCAUUGGGUUAGGUCAGGUUUUAACUUUUGAGAGAGUUGUUGUUUAACAUGAUUUUAAAUGCCUGAGUUACAAGAGUUGAAAUUAAGACACCACCCAUUCUUUGCAUAUCUUCUUAUGAAUGAAUGAUUGUUGAAACCAUCUGUUGGAUUAGGAACAAUUGAUUCAGUAUAAACCCGAGAAAGCAAACAACUCAUUUGGAUAUUCAUGCCUUGUUAGAAGAAAAUUCUUGAUAAGCCUAUACAAUGUGUUCAAUUUCAAAUUGGUAAGCUUAUUGUUUCAAAUAAAUGUGUGCUCUGUUGUUAUUGAUUUGAUAAGAAACACCUCUGAGAAUUGUUUGAUGUAUUAUAAUUGACCCCUAUAUCCAAAUGCAUUAUUACUAAAUGGAUAGAAAGGAGAGUAGUAUUGAUAUGUGAAUGAUUGAGAAGACCCAAAAACUAAAUUACUGCACACAUGGGAAAAGAGGGGGAGAUUGAUAGAAGAAAAACAGCUGUUGGUGUUUACAAAGAAGUAGUAGAGAAUGACACAACUCAAAAGAAGAA